AUGCUGGCCAACACACUCAGCAGUGAGAUCAUGUCUUUCCUAGAGUGUCUCACACAGCUCUAUUUUCUUAUUGCCCUUGCUGACAUGGACAAUUUCCUCCUGGCUGUGAUGGCCUAUGACCGCUUUGUUGCUGUGUGCCACCCCUUGCACUACACAACAAAGAUGACCCAUCAAUUCUGUGCCAUACUGGUCACUGGCUCUUGGGUCAUUGCCAUUCUGAAUGCUCUGUUGCAUACUUUGUUGGUGGCUCAACUCUCAUUUUGUGUGGACAAUACUAUCCCUCACUUCUUCUGUGAAAUGACUGCUCUCCUGAGACUCUCCUGCUCUGACACACACCUCAAUGAGAUGAUAAUUCUUACUGAGGGGGGUCUGAUCAUGAUGAUACCAUUGGUUUGCAUCCUAGUUUCCUACAUUUCCAUUACCUCUGCUGUCCUGAGAGUCCCAUCCACAAAGGGAAAGUGGAAAGUUUUCUCCACCUGUGGCUCCCACCUGGCUGCAGUGUCCCUCUUCUAUGGCACCAUCAUCGCUGUGUAUUUCAGCCCGUCAUCCUCCCACUCAGCUGAGAAUGACAUUACAGCUGCCGUGAUGUACACGGUGGUGACCCCCAUGUUGAACCCUUUCAUCUACAGCCUGAGAAACAAGAACAUGAAAGGGGCUCUAACAAAAAUGAUUUCUAUGAAUUGUUUUUAUGUUCAACAAUAA